CAGCACGGUCAAACUGGGCCAGGUGAGGAUAGCUUCGCGCCCUGAGGUCGUUGCCAUGAGAAUCUUUUCGACGCACCGGAUGUCAAGCGCGAGGUUGACGUUGUCAGGGUGACGGAAAGAAAAACAGAGGAAGCCGCGCUUGUGUGACCCCGCCCCCUUGACGCAUUUUCCGGCUUCCGGCUUUUUCCUGUAACGGCUGUUCGCUCGAGCGAAGCGCCAAAGUCAAAACGGGCCUCUGCGCAAGGAUAUCCAGCAUACGGCCAAAGGGAUAUUUUUUCAUUACAUGAAGAUUAUAUAACAACGAGAGAAAGUCAAAAGAAAGUUCUCGCUCAGGAAUAUGAGCUCACCAUGACCGAAACUCUUUUCAACCAAACGCUGCAGUUGCAGAUCAAGUGUAAAGACUGCGAGGACAGAAGGACAAAUAUUAGAGUCUGCAUUGAAUUACAACUGACGACAAACCCAAUCCACAAAAAAGACUUGAUAGUACGGUUAACAGAUGACACAGACCCUUUUUUUCUCUACAGUCUUGUAAUAUCAGAAGAGGAUUUUCAAAGUAUAAAACUUCAACAGGGCCUCUUGGUAGACUUUUCUUCAUUUCCACAAAAAUUUAUAGACUUGUUACAGCAAUGCAUUGUGGAAGCAGAUAAAGAAAAUCCUAGGUUUCUAUUACAAUUAAUCUCUCCUUUGUCCGUGUUAGACCACUCUCCUUCCCACCUAAAUGUUAUUGAGACAAAUGCUUUCAAACACCUCACGCAUCUUUCCCUCAAAUUUCUACAUGGCACUGAUGUGGAAAUUAAAAAAUACUUAGCAGGUUGCCUAAAGUGCAUAAAGGACGAGAAGCUGCUGUUAGAACAAAAGCUCAGAAAAACGGAGGAUGAUCUAUCAAGGCAGCUUAGCAAUGCGCAACAGAUGUUGUCCGAGAAAAGCAAGGAGCUGGACAGGCUACGAUCAGAGUGGACAUCGCAUACGUCCUCUCUGUCAAGUUUGCAUUCCCAGGAGCUGAAUUCUGAAAAACAAAAAGCACUUGAGGCACAGUCAACAUUUCAGCAGAAUUUGGAGCAGCAGAGAAAAGAGCUAGAAAGCUUUCAUCAGAAGAGCAUGCAACAACUUCAGAUAAAACUGGCAGAGCUGGAGACGGCCAACAAAGAGCUGACAGAGCGGAAAUACAAAUCCGAUUCCAUGAUACGGGACCUCAAGGCAAAACUUGUGGGCUUUGAAGAUGAGUCUCAUCGAGCCAAGCAGGAGGUACUAUCACUGCGAAGGGAGAACUCGACCCUUGACACAGAAUGCCACGAAAAGGAAAAGUUCAUAAGCCAGCUGCAGACCCGUGUAGCAGUGUUAGAGCAAGAGAUCAAGGACAAGGACCAGCUACUGAGCCGAACUAAGGAAGCCUUGGAAGCAACACAGGGGCAAAAGGUAACCAUUGAGGAAGGUGCGGAGAUAAAACAAGUUCAAAUUGGAAAACUCGAAGCAGCGGUCUUGUCUUUGUCAGGGGAAUUGCUUAAGGCGAAUGAAAUCAUUAAGAAACUGCAAGGGGAAAUGAAAAUUCUGGUGAACAAAUUGAAGAUGAAGAAUAGUGUGACCAUUCAACAGGAGAAGCGGCUCUCUGAGAGAGAGGAAAUGUAUCAGAAAGAACACAAGGACCUACAGGAUACACAACACGCGCUGAGGCUAAAGGAGGACGAAGUGACCAAACUGCAAGAGCAGCUGGAGUCCACCACUAAGAAGCUUGAAGAAAGCAUGCAGCAACUUAAAAACAGUGAAAAUGUAAUCACGUGGCUUAAUAAGCAGAUGAAUGAAAUCCAGACGGCAAAAAAACAAGACACAGUGGGCAUUUUUGAAUCACCUGUGGGUGCCACAUCUACUGGGGGCUUCCGAAAUGUGACAGUGGCCCCCAAUAUGAUGAUUGAUGCCCGGCCUUUCUCCUUUCCAGCAGGAAUGAACUAUCCAAUCACAUCCACAGUCAACUCCAAGCAUUCACUCCAACAAUCGUUUCCUGCUAUGCCAAUCAGCCAGCCUUCACUGGCACUCCUCAAUCCUGGCCCCGGACCAAAGGUGCACUACAAUCCUCCAAUGCCCAAGCCCAGUAUAUCGACAGAACCUAAAACAGUGACACCGGCAGAACAUCCCCUGCAGGGGUCAUCAAACAAAGAGAAUGGUGAGCCUGUUGGCUUGGAUUCCAAGUAUUUCCAGAAGAGAGACGACAGCAUCCCUUUACGUGGCAUCCUGCAUAACAAAAAUCCUAGCAAAGAUUUCCAAAAGUCAACAUUAUUAGAUCCACCGCUGGUGACCACCAAACUCGGACCUCCGCAGCAAACCUCCGCCUACUUCCCAGGACAGUAAUACAACUCCCCAGAGCUUUCACCCACCGGCGGCCACAUUCAAAAGGCAGCUUUUAAAAAAGAAUGGCUGGCUUCUGAGUAACAA